CAAUGUGACUUCCCGCCCAUAAUGGCGCUGUCAAAGAACACGCCCACGAUCUCCCCCGAAGAGCGCAUCCGCGAACUCUCCACGAUCAACACCAAUGUCGCAGCCCUCCUCACCUCCGCCGGACAUGCCAUCAACUCGCUCACGAACCGCCCUCUCGAAAGAAACACCUCCGACGAGGACACUGAAAUGAAAGAUGCGGCUGGAAACUCCCCCGAAGACCACAAGAAAGCUUUUGCGCAACAUACCACCGAGUUCUUUGAAGGACUGCAAGGCGUUGUGGCUCGACUUCGCCGGCAAGCUUACGCUCUCGAAGAGGCUGGCAUCAUCACACCGGACACACUCGGGGUUGGAAGUACGCAGACCUCUGUCGUCUCCACGGUACAAGGUGGAAAAUCUGGUGGGGCUCAGCAAGAGGUCGAGAAUGUGAAGAAUGGUGGGUUGGGCAAUUUCGAUGUGGGCUGGUUGAACAGCCGCGGGAACAAGGUUGGCAGGGACAAGGAGAAGGAGCUGGUGAUUGAGGCGAAAGAGCUGCUGGAACAGGUCGUGGUGGCGAAGGGGAAGGGAACCUUGGUUGGAGGAAGUGAUGCUGUGAAGCAAAGCUCUCGACAGGAAACGUGAUUUCACAUGCUGUUGCCGCG